AUGUCUUUCAGCAGAAGUGAAGAGCGCACUCCUUUGAGAUGUCUACAGACUGACAAUGUUCAAACAUCAAAUGUUAAAUCAAAAUCAAUUGUCAGUUCAGAAUCGGUUAUUGUUGCCCUUAAUGACGCACUGAAGAAUGUUCCAGUUGGUGUGGACGCCCAGUCCAGUAAAGAUCAUCUGUUGUACAACCCUGAAGAGCUGGACAUUGAACAAGCAACACACAAUCCUACAGAUCGCUCCCCUAAUGACUUUGCUACCAUAACAGCUUCAUCAAACCCUGAUGUUGAGAUGCACGGCUCAAAAUGGGGGUCUCAAGUCCACUGCAGCCUCCUUCCCUGUUUGUCCAGUGACGCAACACCAGACGGCGCUCUCGGUUUGUCUGCCAACGUCCUCGCCACCGAACCGCCUCGAGCUGAAACCCUUCCCGAGGUGUUCAAGGCCAUCUCAGAGUGCACGCCGCUCCAGUACCAGAAAUGUCUUACUCCAAUUGUGCGUAGAGCUUCCAUUGCUUUUAUGCGGGCUCGGAAGGGACUGGUCAUAGAUCCGAUCAUUGAUGAUGGUGCACUGUCAGGAGGUGGAUCACCCGAAUGUCCGGGUGAUGAUUUCAAAUUAUGGAGGGAGCACCUGGACAGUCCAAUCCCACGGCCUCUGUUUAAUUCCACUGAGCUGGUACAACGAUCUCAGGCAUGCGUUGCUAUGGAGAUUAAUAAAGACGGUUCUCCGCCUGGGGCUAGAGUUGGUGAGCCUAUCCUGGAUGCGCCCGGGAUGCCAGACGGAACACUGCAGCAGCAACUUCGACAGAUGGCUGAGUUUCUCAUGUUGGCUUCAGGAAAGAUGGGUCCAGUAUCUGUACUGCCUGCGUUGGCCCCCCAAGCCGAACAACACAACGCCUGCGUGGGCACCUCCCCCAUGAAGAUGGUCAACCACAGCAUCAACACGUCCGGACAGUUUGAGAGGAAGAGGAGCUUCUCUGCUGUGGAUCAGUGCACGUCAACAGACCCGCUCAUCUGGAAUGUGGGUUGUCUGGAGGGCGUCUCCAGACCUGAGCUGGAGCAGAGGGUCCUGUCCAGCAUGAUCAUCGUGGAGGCUCUGGUGCAGCAGCUGGCUUCAGCCCAAGCACACGCACUGCCCUCUACUGGUGCAGCCCCGUCAGAGCUACGGGAGAGGGCAGUUCAGACCCAGCACUCUGAACUGAGCCAGACCUCAUUGCACAGGGAGCUCUACUUGGAGGCUCUGAACAGAAUUAAAGAUCUAGAGAUGGAUGGUGCAUCACUGCAAACAGUUAUUCAGAAUAUUGAGAUUGUGAAAAAAAAUAUGACUACGUUCAUGAGCGACGUCGAUGCAGCUCUCGGUCAAAUGAAAUGCUUUGGUGAUGUUGCUAGGGAUGGCCACAAUCGCCUUGUGUCUGAUUAUGCUCAGAUGAAGUCCCUUUUGGUGAAGUCAAGAGAGUGUCAGAUGAGAAUGAUACAGAAAGUAAAAGAUUCUCUUGAGCAGAAAGAGGAAAUGCGCACACAGAUGGAGGAGGCUCUCGCUGCUAAAGAUUCUACCGAAAGCGUUAUGGGCCAACUGAGAAAACACUGUUCUGUGGAAAUCUCUGCGCUGGAGAAAUGUGUGGGAUCUCAGCAAGAACUAUUGUCUGCUCUUCAUAAAGCUCAACAUGAACAGGCUGCAUUGAAUAAGGCUUAUUCUGAGACGCUGUACUCCACCACUGAGCUUUUGUCUAAAACCACAGCCCAGCAGUCCAGUCUGUCAAAUGAGCUCUGCAGAGUGAGGGCCCUCAUGCAGAGGUGCACUCCACUGUUAUUGAGGCUGAAUGAGAAGGCGGCUGCUGCUUUUAGAGACCGAGACCAGCUCAUCGCCGAGAGGAAUCAAGCCGUGCAAGACAAGGAACAGACUGAUGAGGAGCUCAGCCAGGCUCUCCAAAAUCUCCAGGCUGCAAAGGAACAGAACAGCAAUUUUAAUCUCCAAGUGACAAUCUUGACAUCAGAGAUGGGAGUUCUACGGCAAAAGCUGAGUGAGGGUGAGGAGGAGCGUGCCCAGCUGGACCGGAAGGCCACAGAGUUGUCCGCCACUGUGUCGUCCACUUUGGCCUCCUACACAUUUUUGGAACAAGCUCUCGCUGUCGAAACUACAAGCUUGCAACAGUCAUGGGCAGACAUAAAGCAAGCCAAGGACAGGGUGCAAGAACUGGAGUUGUCGCUGGCACAAUCGGAGCAGUGCGUGGGUGACCUGUCAAAGGCGCUGUCACAUAGUGAAGAGCAGCUCUGUCAGCUUCAGUCCGUGGCACAGACCCAGGCCCAACAGCUGCAGCAGCUACAGGAGGAGUGCACCCUGCUCCAAGAAGUCCGUGAGGAGAACGAGUUCUUACUUUCUGAGAAUGAGCUGAACAGGGAACAGGUGACGGAGAUUGAGCGGCUACUGAGGGCCAACCUGCAGAGUCUGCGGGAGAGGAACAUAGUGUGUGAAGACCUUAACGCCAAAGUGUGUCAGCUCCAACACGUAAACAAGAACCUUCAGGAAGAGCUCUCGUUGGUCCGUACUCAACUGGACAGCAGUCGGACGGAACACCAGGAGAAACUCGAGCAGAUGGUCAUAGAAAUUGCCCUUUUACACCACACUGUGCAGAGUAUGGCCAAUGAGCUGCGCUCGUGUCUAAAGGAAGAGAAUUUGGAUCAGUCAUCACUUCACAACAUCGUCUCCAGCUCCACAGUGACUCUGGCAGAGGAGAGGGAAGAAGCCCCAACCCCAGAUGCAGCGGAUGCCCCGCCUGGCCUGGUGUUCAGCCAGUGCAGUGCGUUCACGCGAAUCACAGCAGUCACUCCAAAGAGAGGGUCCCCCAAACGUUCGGAGGAGGAGGAGUUGCAGACCAGGGUGACCUCGUUUCUGCAGGGACUGGACUCCACUGUCACAGAGCUCCAAAGCACCCUGAGCACUGUGCAGCAGCAAAAGGACGCCCAGCUAAACCAGCAGCAGGACACCAUAUUGCGCCUGCAGAGGGAGCUGGAGCAUGCACACGGCACUCACCAGACUGAGGUGUCAGAGCUGCAGUUUGAGUUGAGUCGGCUCAAAGCCCGUAUGGAAAAGGACAAGGUGGCCCUCGAGCAGAAGGCCCAGGUGGACAAGACCGUGUCCAAGUUGUUGGUAGACAUGAACGAGCUUCAAGAGAUGCUUACCAAACUCAGGGCAGAUAACUCUGAAUUGCGUAAAGAAGUGGUGGGGCUGCGGCGUUCACUGCAGCAGUCAAAGGCUGAGGCUCAGGUUCUUCACGACGAGCUGAGAAAACACACUGGUCAAUCGGCGCCAGACUCCAGGGACGAGAAGAUUGUGUUAUUAAUGGAGUUGGAGAAGCUGAAGACGAGCCUUCAGGCUGAGGAGCAGGCCCGAAAUAAACUUCUAGAAAGGGCAAAAAGACAUCAAAGUAUUUACCAGACCAAUCAGCAGAAGAGUGAGAAGGAGCUCCAGAUGUUAAGCCGCAUUAUCAACAAAGUCCGAGAGACUUUGCUGUCUUUGCCUCUAAGUGUGAGAAAUUGUGAUCAACUUCAGCAGCUUAUUCAAUAUGUGGGAUAA